AUGCAGGUUUCACUUAGAUACUUCUCGACUUUCAUUCUGCACCAAGAGAACGCUGUACGGAUGAUUGAUGGCGUCGCUGUCACCUACGAGCACCGCUCACCAACUGGCGUGUUUGCGCUCAUCUCUCCCUGGAACAUGCCCUUGUACCUACUAACCUGGAAGAUCGCACCGUGUCUUGCCUUUGGCUGCACAGCAGUCGCGAAACCUUCAGAGUUCACCUCCAUGUCUGCAUUCCUGCUCUGCGAGAUAUUUCGGCUUGCAGAGAUUCCACCUGGUGUUAUCAACAUAGUCUUCGGUGACGGAGCUAUUACAGGCUCUCGGCUCGUACAGAGCUCGCUGGUCAAGGGCGUCUCUUUCACUGGCAGUACAGCGACGGGAAUCAAGAUCCGAAGAGAUACGGCGGACCAGAUCUACAAGCAUAUUUCUCUCGAGUUGGGUGGCAAGAACCCAACUUUGGUGUUUGAUGAUGUGGAUCUUGAGAAGGCAGUACAAACCGCAGCAACAGCGGCGUUUGAGAAUCAGGGAGAGAUCUGUUUAUGCGGUUCUCGCAUUUACGUCCAGUCCCGUAUCUACGAUUCAUUCGUCACUUCACUCAAAGCAUAUGUCGAGUCUAAUUACAAAUGUGGAGAUCGUACAGGCGCUGUAGCCUCGUUACAGCAUUACAGCAAAGUCGUAUCAUAUCUCACACUGGCAAAAGAGGAGAAUGCCACUUUCAUCACAGGAUCUGUGCCGCCUCUCGAGCCCAGCAACGGCUAUUGGGUAGAGCCAGUGAUCUUAACCAACGUCAGCACCUCGUCACGAAUCAUGCAAGACGAAAUAUUCGGCCCCGUCGUCACUGUCACCAGAUUCGAAACCGAAGAAGAGUGUGUCCAGCUGGCGAAUGAUAGUACGUAUGGACUUGCUGCCGUUCUCUUGACAAAGGAUGGUGCACGGAUGAGACGCGUCGGUGAGCAACUUGACGCAGGGCUUGUUUGGGUGAAUUGUUGGUUGGUCAGGGAGCUGAGUACACCGUUUGGUGGGAUGAAGAACUCGGGCACGGGGCGAGAAGGAGGGAACUAUAGUCGAGAUGUUUUUACUGUGGUAAGAACUGUGCAUCUACCAAUGUAG